UUGUUCCAUUCAAUCACAUCUCCCAUUUAUUUCCGGGGUUCCAAACGCGUCCUGGACUCCUUUUCUAAGGCAAACAUCUCUACCUUACACCAAGAAGCGAACCAAGGUCACACGCACUAUAAACACCUGCCCCCCUCGUCAAGUCGGCUACCGAUUUGCCAAUCAUUCGCAAGUCGCCUGCCCCGAAACUUACCUUCUCAUUCAGCACGCUUCGAACACACUCGUUAACCAUAGACAAGCAAUAUUUCAUCCUCAACUUGACAUUUAAUUUACUUCCAACUUCAAAACCAAGUCAGAAAGAUGGUGACUCGAACGGACUACGAAGAGGAUGAGCACUCUUUCCGUCGUUACAGCUACAGAGGUCAUGGCGGCUAUCCUAUCACUUAUCAAGAGCGAGAUCUACCUUCUGGCCCGGGCCAUAAUGUUUAUUCACGACCUCCACACCCAGGAAGCCAGGACUCCCCAAAUGGCGAUCGUUCUUCAGAUAUUGAUGAAAUACCCAGGACGAGAUCCAGAAUUCCCGUUGCUUGUGGCCGAUGUCGAAAGCGUAAAAUCAAGUGUAGCGGAGACAACGGCGGCCCCUGCACCAACUGCAAGAGCGCUGGAAACAACGAGUGUAUAUUUCUACGGGUUUCUUCCACGGAAACUCAUCUGAAAAGUGAGACUUCGAACUACGACUUCGACCCCGGUAGUGCAGGUUCCCGUGUGAACUGCCGUAUGAUACCAUUCGGUCCACACUCAUACGCUUCCCAAGGUCCUCCUCUCAGCUUUGGUCCUUACCCUGGCCGCAACAACUCUAUGCCGGCUUACCAGUAUGGAGCCAAGCAAUACUAUUCCGCGUACGGUGACUUCGCAGACGAUAGCGUCGAUUAUGGAGUGAAUCUCCAAUACCAACCACUGCUGCCAGGAGAGCAGAUUGGACUUGGAACAACCAACUUCGACCCAUCCCCGGAGGCUCGAGCCUGGAUAGCAGCGCAGCCGCAACCUCUCAAGAGCUUGCCUUUUUUAGAUGGACCGACCCAGAUAUACAGUCAUGGUCAAUCGUCCUACAAUGGGAGCAACUAUGAUCCUCGGUCGAACAUCAGUGUGGACCUGAAGCCAAUUCAGUUGACAGGAAUGAGUUCAUCACUUCCUAACCUUGCCAGUCCAGGAAAUGAUCGACAGCUCCCAUUCCCCGCAAACGUCCCUGUCAGUCGUCCAACACAACUGAACCAGUACCUGCCACCUGCAGAGGGUAUCCUGACAGGAACGCAGACUCGAGGACCGUACAUGGACUUCGGCACGGUGCAGACCAUCAAAUCCCAGAACAAUAACGCUGUAGCUGACAAUAACUCCAUGCCGACGUCCUCUUACCUGCCAGUUGCGAAUGACAGUCCUCAAUCCCUCAACUCGUCGCAGUCUACGUACUCUGCUCCAACGAUUUCCCUGCCCUCCCCUCAACCGGAAGUCUAUACUCCAUCUCAGGGCAGUAAUGAUGGACUCCUCAACGCAACCGAUUCCUUUAGCCCGCGCUCCUCUUCCUCCUACCACAGUAUCGUCAACAACGACAGCAGUAAUGAUGCCUAUAAUCAUCGCGGUAGCAGAAAUGAGCGCGGAUCAUAUAGCAGGAAUCCAUCCGACGGCUUACCUUCAAUGACGACUGGACUUUUGGCAAAUGGUCAGCAAUACUCUCCUGCACCCAGCGCCUUUGCGCCAAACCGAUAUCCGGCCCCUCCAGUCGAGAUGCACCCACAGCCAAGACGACAAUCAGGGGUUCUCGCCUGACUAGCUCUAUUUUCCUCAUCAUGACCGAAUUUCACACCACAUGUCACGUCUUCUGAUACUCUCUCUUUCGCACACUUUGAGGAUUCUAUGUCUGCGUUGGGCUGACAAUUUGUAUCUUUAUCCAUGCUAU